UCUGACCAAACUCAGAAAAGAGUAGCUAGGUUGCUAGCGUUAGCUAUAGCUAUUGACUUGGUGCAUUUGGGUUGUUUUAAACCAAAGAGAAUGGCCAAGCAGCUAGAAACGGAUUUGGAUGGAAUGUAGUUUUUUGUGUCACGGGGGUGUUUGUUGUGUAGUGUACUGACCGCGGUGGGGAGGUAUGACUUGGGUGUUGACGCAGUACCUAACCAACGGAAUUUGCAAUACCAGCAUAGACAAAUUGGGAUGGCAAUGAAGCAAGUGCAUCGGGCCUGAGCACGGAGCGCCGACGAUGCUAGGGCUACCAUGGGUAGCGUCACACUGCGCUAUUUCUGCUAUGGCUGCCUGUUCACCUCCGUGACCUGGUCCGUCCUACUCUUCCUCUACUUCAGCCUCGGCCAAGACGGCGGCCGGACCACCUUCAGGUAUGUGCCCAUCCAGGGGCCCCAGGCCCACCGCUUCCAACCCCGUUUCUCCAAGGGCCCUGGAGGAGGGCCAGAACAUGGCAUUACGGCAGUCCCUGCAGCUGGAGCAGGAGGCAACAAGCAGGCCGAUCUCUCUCCUGAGAUGGGUAUGAUUUUUAAUGAGCAAGACCAGGAGGUGCGCGACAUGGGCUAUCACAAGCAUGCUUUCAACGUACUGAUCAGCAAUCGACUAGGCUACCACAGAGACCUCCCCGACACAAGGGACGACAAGUGCCGAGACAUGAUCUAUCCUCUGUCCCUCCCCGUGGCCAGCGUAGUGAUCUGCUUCUUCAACGAGGCAUUCUCCGCCCUCCUGCGCACCGUGCACAGCGUCCUGGAUCGCACGCCGGCCUACCUGCUGCAUGAGAUUAUACUGGUGGAUGACAGCAGUGAACUAGCUGAUCUGAAGGAAGAUCUUGACAGCUAUGUCCAGCAGCAUAAACUCCAGGUCAAGGUCAAGGUGGUCCGCAACGAGAAGAGAGAGGGAUUGAUCAGAGGGAGGAUGAUAGGUGCUUCUCAUGCCACCGGGGAGGUGCUUGUGUUCCUGGACAGCCACUGUGAGGUGAAUGAGGCGUGGCUGCAGCCCCUGCUGGCUCCCAUCCAGCGGGACCACAAAACAGUGGUGUGUCCCGUCAUCGACAUUAUUAGCGCUGACACCCUGGCCUAUAGCCCCUCCCCCAUUGUCCGGGGGGGCUUCAACUGGGGGCUGCACUUCAAGUGGGACACCGUGCCCGCCUCAGAGCUCAACAGUCCCGACGGAGCAGUGGGCAGCAUCAGGUCUCCCACCAUGGCAGGUGGUCUGUUUGCCAUGGACAGGAAGUACUUUAACGAGCUGGGCCAAUACGACAGUGGCAUGGACAUCUGGGGUGGUGAGAACCUUGAGAUCUCCUUCCGGAUCUGGAUGUGUGGUGGCCAGCUCCUGAUCAUCCCCUGCGCGCGGGUGGGUCAUAUAUUCCGUAAACGCCGGCCUUACGGGUCACCCGGAGGUCAGGACACCAUGGCCCACAACUCCCUGCGAUUGGCCCACGUAUGGAUGGAUGAAUACAAGGAGCAGUACUUAAACCUGCGGCCGGAACUCCGGGAACGUGCCUACGGCGACAUCAGCGAGCGGCAGUCGGUGCGCCAACGGCUGCAGUGUCGCUCUUUCAAGUGGUACCUGGAUACCAUCUACCCCGAGAUGCAGGUUGCCUCGCCCCACAACAAGCCCCAGCAGCCUGUGUUCGUCAACAAGGGACUCCGCCGGCCAAAAGUGUUGCAGAGAGGCCGGCUGCGGAACCUGAAGGCUGACAAGUGUCUGGUGGCCCAGGGGAGGUCCACCCAGAAGGGGGGCGCCGUGGUGCUGAGGUCCUGUGACACUCACAACCCAGAACAGGAGUGGGCCUAUGAUGAGGAGCACGAGUUGAUCCUAGCCGGCCUGCUGUGUCUGGACAUGUCGGAGAUCCGCUCGUCUGACCCACCCCGCCUCAUGAAGUGUCACGGCUCAGGGGGCUCCCAACAGUGGACCCUGGGGAAAAGCAACCGGCUGUAUCAAGUCUCAGUGGGCCAAUGCCUGGCCGUGGUCGACCCAAUCAGCCCCAAGGGAUAUGUUGCCACGGCAAUCUGCAACGGCUCUCAGUCCCAGCAGUGGCAGUUGGAGGGCUGAUGUUGAUACCCCACGACUAGUUACAUACCAGACGCUGACUGCCCCCCUGGAUGGGGGGAGUACUGCAUGCUGCUACAACUAAGCAAGAGAGGGAUGGAACUAAUUAUACGGACUGUGUUCUUGAAGAAAACGAAUGCUGUUUGUCUUCAGAACUGCUUCCGGCCUGACGUGCACAAAGUAUGGAGCUCUAAGUGGGUACGCUAUAUGUACUGUAGUCAUUCGUAUGCCUGACUUCCCCCUCUUGAAAAUUAGUAUUCCAUGUCCUGUUUUAGAUAAAACAUUUUACAAUGCAUCAUGCAAAUUAUUUUUUAUUUAAUCCAAUUUGCACAGCACUCUUGCAUUAGACAAUUCAGAGAAACGUGUAAUCUUGUAUAAGUCCCAAACAAGUGUUUACUAAGAACAAUGGACUGCCAGUGUUAGAGGUUUUAGAGUUAAAUUGCAUUUUAUUCUGUACUUAUUACAAUCUGAUAUUAAUUGCUAUGACAUACAGUACUGCAUGUUAUUUAGUUGACAUUUCUUUGGGAGUAUCUUUCUGUUGUACAAAUAUUUUGAUCACUGGAGUUUGUUUUUGAAGUUAUGUAUUUUUCAUGCCCUUGAAAUGUGCAAGGCGACUUCCUUAAUACUGUAUUGAUAGGCUACACUGUGUUAGCUCUACAUCAGGUAUAUUGACCAAGUGAUGGAUAGUGUGUGCAGUCUACGUAAAUCAUGUCGAAUAGAAAUGGAAUUUCCUACAGUAUCUAGCGGUCUUGGGUCAUGCCCACAAUACUAGCAAUGUCAUCCAUACUCACGGCCUGUUCUGCACUGUACUGGUGAGCUAUGAUGGUUGAACAAGAUCUGACAAUGAUUUGAGUUCUAGUUUUUCCCUUAUCAAAUCCAAAUGUAAUUUCUUAAGUUAUGUGGUGCAGUUUUGUAUUAGUUAUUCUCUUUUGCAAUGAGGCAACCAACUAAAUGUUUAUUUGAAGUAUGAACAUCCCUUUUGACAAAUUUGCAAUUGAUUAAAAGUCUUUGUCAGGCUCUUAUUAAAAUGUUGUCCAUUUACCCCCACAGAGAAAAGUAGCGCAAAUGUAAGAUGUAAAAUAUUUUAUUUUUUGUAAAUUAUCCUAAAUCUGAUUCCAAACUCCAUCACACGCUGUAUACUUCAAAAAGGCUUUUUAGACAUUACUAUACAGGACAAAGAAAAGAGACACUAUUAAAGAGGUCUGAAUAUUGUACAAGAGGAGAAAAUGUCCAAGAAACAAAUUUCAUUAACCAUUAUGGAAAAUUAUAUACAAAUGAUUCUUCUGAAAGUUUAAAAAUACAUCAUGCCAUGUACUGUUUAUUACAACGAGACUGAAUAUACCAA